AGGAACUGGGGACACUGGAAGAGAACGGACGAAGACCUUCACCUAUGACUUUUCUUUUUAUUCUGCUGAUACAAAAAGUCCAGAUUAUAUUACACAAGAAAUGGUUUUCAAAACCCUGGGCACGGAUGUCGUGAAAUCUGCAUUUGAAGGUUAUAAUGCUUGUGUCUUUGCAUAUGGGCAAACUGGAUCAGGGUGAUUCUGGCUUAAUACCUCGGAUCUGUGAAGGGCUCUUCAGUCAGAUAAAUGAAACCACCAGAUGGGAUGAAGCAUCUUUUCGAACUGAAGUCAGCUACUUAGAAAUUUAUAAUGAACGUGUGCGAGAUCUACUUAGGCGGAAGUCAUCCAAAACCUUCAAUUUAAGAGUCCGUGAGCAUCCAAAAGAAGGACCUUACGUUGAGGAUUUAUCCAAACAUUUAGUCCAGAAUUACGGUGAUGUAGAAGAACUUAUGGAUGCAGGAAAUAUCAAUCGGACGACGGCAGCGACUGGGAUGAACGAUGUCAGCAGCCGGUCUCAUGCCAUCUUCACCAUCAAGUUCACUCAGGCAAAAUUUGACUCUGAAAUGCCAUGUGAAACCGUGAGUAAGAUCCACUUAGUCGAUCUUGCCGGAAGUGAACGUGCAGAUGCCACUGGUGCCACCGGGGUUAGACUAAAGGAAGGGGGGAAUAUCAACAAAUCCCUCGUGACCCUAGGAAAUGUCAUUUCUGCCUUAGCUGACUUAUCUCAGGAUGCAGCAAACCCUCUUGCAAAGAAGAAGCAAGUCUUCGUUCCUUACAGGGAUUCUGUUUUAACUUGGUUGUUAAAAGAUAGCCUUGGAGGAAACUCCAAAACUAUCAUGAUUGCCACCAUUUCACCUGCUGAUGUCAAUUAUGGAGAAACCCUAAGUACUCUUCGCUAUGCAAAUAGAGCCAAAAACAUCAUCAACAAGCCUACCAUUAACGAGGACGCCAACGUCAAACUCAUCCGUGAGCUCCGAGCUGAAAUAGCCAGACUGAAAAUGCUGCUUGCUCAAGGGAAUCAGAUCGCCCUCUUGGACUCCCCUACAGCUUUAAGUAUGGAGGAAAAACUUCAGCAGAAUGAAGCAAGAGUUCAAGAGUUGACCAAGGAAUGGACAAAUAAGUGGAAUGAAACCCAAAAUAUCUUGAAAGAACAAACUCUAGCCCUUAGGAAAGAAGGGAUUGGAGUUGUUCUAGAUUCUGAACUGCCGCAUUUGAUUGGCAUUGAUGAUGACCUUCUGAGUACUGGAAUCAUCUUAUAUCACUUGAAGGAGGGCCAGACAUUUGUUGGUAGAGAAGAUGCUUCAACAGAACAAGAUAUUGUUCUUCAUGGCCUUGAUUUGGAGAGUGAGCACUGCAUUUUUGAAAAUAUUGGAGGGACAGUGACUCUGAUACCCCUGAGUGGAUCUCAGUGCUCCGUGAAUGGUGUUCAGAUCAUGGAGGCCACACACCUAAAUCAAGGUGCCGUGAUACUUUUGGGAAGAACCAACAUGUUUCGCUUUAACCAUCCCAAGGAAGCCGCCAAGCUCAGGGAGAAGAGGAAGAGCGGCCUUCUGUCCUCCUUGAGCUUAUCCAUGACCGACCUCUCCAAGUCCUGUGAGAACCUCUCUGCUGUCAUGUUGUACAACCCAGGACUUGAAUUUGAGAGACAGCAGCGUGAAGAACUUGAAAAAUUAGAAAGUAAAAGGAAACUCAUAGAAGAAAUGGAGGAAAAGCAGAAAUCAGACAAGGCUGAACUGGAGCGGAUGCAGCAGGAGGUGGAGACUCAGCGCAAGGAGACAGAAAUUGUGCAGCUCCAGAUCCGAAAGCAGGAGGAGAGCCUCAAACGCCGCAGCUUCCAUAUUGAGAGCAAGCUGAAGGAUUUGCUCGCUGAGAAGGAAAAGUUUGAAGAGGAGAGGCUGAGGGAGCAGCAGGAGCUCGAAUUGCAGAAGAAGAAACAAGAGGAGGAGAGCUUUCUCUGUGUCAGAGAACUCCAGUGGCUCCAAGAGCUCAACAAUGAUGAGAAGGCCGAGAAAAUUCAGAUAUUUCGAGAACUGGACUGGCUCAGAAAGGAAAAAGAUGAACAGUAUGCCAAGCUUGAACUGGAAAAGAAGAGACUGGAGGAGCAAGAGCAGGAGCAGUUCAUGCUUGUGGCGCAUCUCGAAGAGCAGAUCCGAGAGAAGCAGGAGAUGAUCCAACUGCUGCAGCGAGGCGAAGUCCAGCGUGUGGAGGAGGAGAAGAGAGACCUAGAGGACAUCCGGGAGUCCCUCCUGCGGGCCAAAGAAGCGCGGGCCGAAGGGGAUGAUGAUGGGGAGGAAAUAGAGAAGGCUCAGUUGCAUUUCCUAGAGUUCAAGAGAAGGCAGCUAGUCAAGCUAGCAAACCUGGAGAAGGACCUGGUCCAUCAGAAAGACCUCCUGAAGAAAGAAGUUGAAGAAGAACAGGAAAUCCUAGAGCAUUUAAAAUGUGAAAAUAAAGACAAGUCUAGGUUGUUGGCAAAAAAUGAUGGUAGUGUCCAACAUGUAACCCAGGUGGCUCAAGAUUUAGAGAAAAUAAAGCCAGCAGAGUACAGGCUGCAGUAUAAAGAGCGCCAGCUGCAGUAUCUCCUGCAAAACCAUCUGCCAGCUUUGAUGGAAGAAAAGCAGAGAGCAUUUGAAAUCCUUGACAGAGGCCUUCUCGACUUAGACAACACACUCUAUCAGGUAGAAAAAGAAAUGGAAGAAAAAGAAGAACAACUUACGCAGUACCAAGCCAGUGCGAGCCAGCUGCAAAAGCUGCAGGCCACGUUUGAAUUCACUGCCAACAUCGCACGUCAGGAAGAGAAAGUGAGGAAAAAGGAAAAGGAGAUUCUCGAAUCCCGGGAGAAGCAGCAGAGAGAGGCACUGGAGCAGGCAGUGGCCAAGCUGGAGAGGAGGCACUCGGCCUUGCAGAGGCGCUCCACCCUGGGCCUAGAGAUGGAAGAGCAGAGGCAGAAACUCGCCAACGUGAACAGCAGCACCAACGCGCGGGCUGGGCUCGAGGCUGGCCUGGAAGCUGAGCAGGAAGCCCUUGAGAAGGACCAGGAGAGGUUAGAACAUGAAAUCCGGCAGCUCAAGGAGAAGAUCUGUGAGGUUGAUGGCAUUCAGAAAUGGGAUUGUGGGACCCUGGAGGGGAAGGCUUCCUCUUCUAGCUUGCCACUCAGUACUGAAAAGUCUCAGGCUCAUCUGAUGCCCCUGAUGGACGCCAGGAUCAAUGCCUACAUCGAAGAGGAAGUCCAAAGACGCCUUCGGGAUUUGCAUCGUGUGGUUGGCAGUGACAGCAGGGCAUCUGCAGAAGGGAUGAAGGAUAAUGAGAAACUUCAAAAUGGCACCAUUCAACGUAAGCUAAAAUACAAGCGGAUGGUUUCUCGCUGUUUGGGAGCAAAUCCAUACGACCUGAAGGACCCAAUUAAAAUUAGUAUUCCACGCUAUGUUCUCUGUGGACAAGGAAAGGAUGAGCACUUCGAGUUUGAGGUCAAGAUUUCUGUCCUAGAUGAGACAUGGACCGUAUUUAGGCGUUACAGUCGUUUUCGAGAAAUGCAUAAAACAUUGAAGUUAAAGUAUGCAGAGCUUGCUACCCUCGAAUUCCCACCAAAGAAGCUAUUUGGAAACAAGGAUGAACGUGUGAUUGCUGAGAGGCGAAGUCACUUAGAGAAAUACCUCAGGAACUUUUUCAGCGUGAUGCUUCAAUCUGCAACAUCUCCCCUGCACAUCAGCAAAGUGGGGCUGACUCUGUCAAAACACACUAUUUGUGAGUUCUCGCCGUUCUUCAAGAAAGGAGUCUUCGACUACAGCAGCCAUGGGACAGGGUAGUGGGAGCGACAGAGAACCACAAACGCAGUGCCUUCUCGUCGAGGCAGGCCUCCCCGGUGCAAGGCCACCUCCCACGCAGGGCCCAGCAGCCACAGCAGCUGACCUGUCCCUUGUCCUGUGUUCCAUACCAGGUGCCUCAGGGAAUGGGAGGCUUCACCUGCUGGUAGGGACCCUGACAGGCAUCUGUCACUGUUCCAUUGCCAUUAAACAUGGCCUUUUCCCAUAGUGCUUCCUUGUCUUUGCGCAGUGGAGUCCGUCCCCUGUGGCAGAAUAACGUGGAUUAUCUCCAGGGCUCCCCAAGCCAAACCGACCUGGGCCCUCCAAAGCAGAUGGCUUACCAGACUACCCUUAGAGGACUUUCAUCUGGUUUCCUCUGUCACCAAAAUACACUUUUACUUUUGACAGUCCUUCCACGUAGCUGGCUGUAUCUCAACAAAAGCAUUUUAAAUUAUUUCAUUGUAUUUUUUCUUUUUUCUCUUGUUCGAAUCAGAACUUUUGUAUAAUACCUAAACAAUGAUGUUUACACAGAAUUUCAUAUUCUGCGAAAGGGAUUUUCAAUCCAGUCAUGACUGGAGUCUUCCAUGCUUGACCAAUUGGAUAUAGGCAACAUCUCUAAAACUUCUUUAAAUCCAUACAAAUAGGAUAUUUGUUUAAUCCUGAAUAUUUGAGAACGUUUUCUUGAAUGUAAAUUGGCUACUGUGCAUUCUCCAGCUUCCUCUGCUAAGCACAAAAUGAGCGCGUAGCUGAGUGCAUAUUUUUAAACAUUAUUUUGUUCACAUUUUUGCUACAGAAUCUACUGAAUCUUUAGUUGAAAAACUAGAAUUUAUAAUAACUCAUUAAUGAUCCCUUAAAUUACUCAGGACUUAAUGUAGCAUUGCACAUCUAUGUACAGUAAAAUGGCUUUGUUUUACUAAAGAGAAAAAUGUCAGUAGAAAAAAUAUAUAUAUAUGUGGUAUAUGUUGAAAUGUAUAUAAUUCUAUCUAUAGAUUUAUAUAUGUGCAUUCUUCUGUACAGUGUUGUAUCAAAAUAUAUAAUCAUUCACACCAAAUUUAUUAAAGGUAUUUACUUUUUCAAAAUUUAAAUUGAGCUACUGUCAGUGUUAAAUGAAGUUAUGGAAUCCACCCUGUAGCUCAGUUUACGUUUGUGACAUGAUCAUUCUUAUUGGCCUGCUUAAAAAUUGAUCUCAUGUUGGAAAGAUACAUUAUAUAUAAUUAGCAUUGGUGUUGCAGAAAGUACAGUCCCUGUAAUGAUUGAAGUCAAUAAUGAAUGGGUCACAAAAUGUGUUCGCCUUCUGUCUUUUAAAAUAUGCCUCGGCAGCAAAGCUCCGCAAUCUGAAAAAUAUAUUUAAAGAUGCAAUUAUCCUUCUAAGGAGGAAAUCUAUUGCACUAAUUGUCAUAGCUUAGCAUGAAAAAAAUUGGGAAAUUUUUUUUUUUUAAUUACUGCAGAAAGAUCUGCUUUUGUCUGCAGUUGAGAUCACAGGCAUAGGUUUAGGGGUAGUUACUACAAGAGAAUUUAAACCUAGAGAUUGAGGGAUAAAUGCUUGGGAGAUAAUAAUUAACCAAAGAUCAUUUUUUUAAAAGGAGUCAAAGCUCUAAAAAUUAUCCAUUAUUUGUUGAAUAAAGUAAAUGGUUUUCUUCAGCUGACCAGAGAAUCUUAUUUCCUGCCCUUUUGGACCUGUAUCCAAGCCUGGGCUCAUGGCAAGUGCCUUGUUAAAAUCACACAGGAUACAGUAGUAACUUGGCGAGAAGAGAUGGACAUGUGUUAGUAAAAAGUGGAGAAAUCAGAAGAUUCUUCAGUUCUGUGUUACUUCCCUGGGGCUGCCAUGACAAAAAUACCACAAAGUGGGUGGGUGGCUUUAAACAACAGAAAGGUAUUGUCUCGUGGUUCUGGAGGCCACUAGUCUGAAUUCCGGGUGUCAGCAGGGCCAUGUCUUCCCCACAGGCUACAGGGAAAGAGCCUUUCUAGUCUCUCUCAGCUUCUGGUAGCCCCAAGUGUUCGUUCCUUGGCCUGCAGCUGAAGCAUAACUCAGUGGUCACAUGGCCAUCCUUUACAGGGCACCAUUUAGACUGAAUUAGGACCCACCGUAAUCUUUUUAUAACCUGCUAUAAACUCAUGUCAGCAACAACAUCUUCAAAGCUUCUGUUUCCAAACAAGCCAGGGGUUAAGACUUCACCAUAUCUUUUGGGGGGACAUAAUUCAAUCCAUAACAGUUCCAACUCUCAUCCUAUGUAAUUCUGGUUGAGUUUGGAACUCUAGUACUAGCUGGCUCUGGCUAAAGCCACCUAUAACAUAAGGUGAGUCAUUUUACCUCGCUAGCCUCAGUCUCCUCAUCUGAAAAGGAAGCUGGUAGAUGGUCUCUAGGUUUCAUCCUAGCCCCUGGUCAUAGCAGAGGAAUAAGCUAUUUCAGUUGGGUCACUUGUAGCCCCUGGUGCGUAGCAUAGGAAAUACAACCUUCCAACCUGACAUAAAGGGCUUUUAAUCUGAACAAAACACAAGCUAAUGUUGAAAAGCAAAGGAAAAGUCUCAUGUAAACAAAUAAUGGAAUUCCUCUCUGGAAGGAAUUAACACAGAAGAUAGAGUCUGGAUGACAAAAUUGAGGCUUUGUUAACUUGGGCUAAUUGACUUUCCAGUGCAUCAGGUGACAGUAAUGCUAAACAGAUCCCUUUAGGCAAUUCAGAUUGAUGUGCUAUCAACUGAUAUUUCUGUAGUUAUAUGAACAAAUCUAAGGAAUUUACACAGAAUUUCCUGUUUAAGUGGUUUUAGCAUUCCUUUCUAGGUCUUGCUUACACAAUAAGUGUGUGUACUAAGGGUUUUCAUAAUCACAAGUAGUAUAGAGAAUUUGAUAUUUCUGAAUUUAAAAGAUUCAAAUUCAACUCUGAUUCAUUUAGACAUGUGAACAGGGCGUAAUCAAGUCAUGCUGGCUUCCCAGUGGCUGACAUCUAGAACAUUCUCUGGCCCAUGAUGUGGAGAUGUUUGAGGAUACAUGAAUAGGGCACCCGGGCCACUCCUAUUUACAUUUUAAGCAGAAAGAGCUUGUUCUGCUUAGCUGCCCCUGCCGAGCCACUGAGAGCUCUAGAUGCACACGGUUGGGAGUGUGGUAGAAGCCCCCAGAAGGGCGUGCUUUCACAGCUUAGAAUAGCCCACGAACUUGGAGAUGUGGGCUCACUCUGAGGAGGUAUAGUUCCUAGCCUUAGAGCUGAGUAUUUUGGUGUUUUAGUUCAACACUUAAUGAAGAGGUGUUUUUUUUGGACACAGGUCUGCCAGCAUGCAGUCACAUGCAGGCCCUGCCUCGCUUGCCUCCUCACACAUUCCCUCUUAGGUAUACAGUUCUGUUGUGAUGGGGCUCAUUAUCCCUUAUAUUCAGAGCUUACCACCGGGCAGGACUGGUCCCCUAAAAGAGGACCCAGGUAACAAUUCAAGCCUGAUUCAUGGGAGGUAAUAUUCAGUUACGUCCUGCUUCAAACAGUACUGUGAGAAAGAGGUUUUAUAAUACACUUCUUUGGCAAAUGCUUAAAUUGAUGCCUUGAGGUGUCAUCAGCUCAGAAUUGGAAAUUUCUACCACGAGACCCUUAUCCUCUUGGAUAUUGUUAUUGGAAAGGUCUCCUCUUCUUCUCCUCCUCCUGUAAUGUAAUUUAGGUAUAAGUAACUCCUGGCAAAACUAACACUUCAGUUUUAUUUAAAUUAUCAUGACAGGUGAUCUAUGUUUUGGGAAAACUAAUUAAAGACCACUAAUCUAAGGAGACUCAUUCUUGACAAAUUUAUCCUUAUGUAUUCCUUUUAACAGGCUGUUUCUCCUUUCUUUUAUUUCUGUUGAAGGUGCUUUUUCUGAUGACAAUUCAUUAGAUGGAAAAUGAUUCUAUGGUGCUCAAAUUUGAAUUUCAUACAUAUCGAAUUAUUUCCAAGUUGAAACAAAUCCAUCCUUGCAUCCUAUUUCAAAUUGAUACUGCAGUAGUGCCUGGGAGUGAAUGAGAGGCGUGAUGUUGGUGUUGGCCAAGUUGUUACCUUCAGAAUGAUUCUUUAUCUGAGGAUCCAGUAGAACCCUGUUACAUUUUAGAAUAAUGGAAGGGACAGGUAGGCAGAUGACUGAACUGAAGGGGUUCAAGGAUGUGAGUUCAUCGUUGUUACAUACAAAUAACAUCGUCAUGCAUUUAUCACUGUGGAACUCCUGAUACUAGUCUCUGGCACUGUCUCCUAAGGUUACCCUGUGCCUUUCUAGAUGGUUCUCACAACUAGGCAUCUCUUGUAAAAUGACUAAAUGCAAAAUAUCUUUUCUUUGACUGUAUUCAUUUGAUAUUCCUUUAUUUGAAAAUUAAAUAAUGUGUUUUUUUUCCUAAGGAUUACCUCUUCAAAAAUUGACUUUUCUGUGGGAAUUUGAGAUUCCUCCAUUUGGUUUUGCCCCUUCUCCGUUGAUGGUCAGAAUCUUCCCCAGUCAGAGAAAAAUGUACGCAUUUGCAAAAAGAUGCACAAGUCAUCUCUACUUAGUCAUUGAAGACGGAUGUCUUAGUCAUCUACUGCUACUAUAACAGAAAUACCACAAGUGGAUGGCUUUAACAAACAGAAGUUUACUGUCUCACAAUCCAG